AUGGGAUCAACUGUCGUUCAGCAAAAUACAGAGUUGCACCCCCCCCCCCCGAAAGGAAAUUUUAGGGCAGAAAAAGCCGGAGAGAAAAGGAAUGACUCCGGGAGCUUUGAGGGGAGAGUGGGCUUAGCUGUCCAUACAAACAAGGAAAAAGGACAGGAAAAGCAAGAUAAGAAUGAAGAAGAGGAGAAGAAGAGGAGAAGAAGAGGAAAAGAAAGAGGGAGAGGAAAAGAAAGAGGAAAAGAAAGAGGGAGAGGAGCGAGAGAUAGGCUAUCAGCGUGUGCCCGACCAACAAGGAGCGAUAUCAGCCCCCCGAGCGGAGAUGCGUUCGAGCAGCCCCGGAGGCAGUACCGCCAUUUCCUGUCCGGGCAGAUAUGGUUUCCGGAAAACGGGAUAACCAGGAGCCACACGCCACAGCGGUCCGUGCGUGUUCUCGUUCUCUGUGCGUGUGCUGCCCCCGAGAUGCGAGGGUCAGAGCAGGCCGAAUCAAACGCUUCUUCCUCGAUACCGGAGAAGAGCACAGCAAUCCUGAAAAGAUGGAGACUUUUCCUCCUUUCCAGGGCCACCCUCCUCUGGCCAGAUGAAGCCACUGGCUCCCAAGUCAGUCAGCCAGUCAAGUCUGAUCGCUGUCUGAAUCCAAGAAACAAGACAGACAGAACAGAGAGACAACUGGGGAAACGAGUUCUCCUCCAUUGCCGUAGGACAAACAUCAUCAUCCCCACGUCCCAAGGAUUCAUUGCAACCACUGAAAUUCUAAGCUUGGUUAUCACAAUCUCAGCCCUAUCAGUUCCUCUUUCGUGA